AGCAGUUGUCUUCGUGCGAGCCGACGCACUCGCACGGCUCGUACCUCCGUGUGCGGUUUUCUCCUCCGUCACUGUCUCGCGGGGGCCCCGGCCCGGUGUCCGACCAGCCUGAUCCGCUGAGAAACGUUUGAGAAAUGUGUCACCUGUGUGCGGGGGAGGCGAGAGACAGCAGGUUCAACACGACAGGUGAGGAAAGCCUUUAUUUUCUUAACGCGUGUUUACCAGCCUGCUGAGUGGUGUGAGUCCACUGCCGCAGUUUUGGACAUCGGUAUGAGACACUGUUUCCCGUCACCGCUCGGCUCUCUCAGCUGUUGUGGAGCCCACCGAAUAAUGCAAGGUCGCUUACUGGGUUGGGUUACAUGUUAUUUUAUCUGAACGCAUUACUGUGAGGAAUUUUAUCCCGGGAGGAGAGCUAAUUAAAUAUUGUUGAUCAUAUCUUUUGUCCACAGCUGAGGGCCAGCAUGUUAUUCUGAUAUCAGCUACAGCAAUAUCAGAUACAGUAGCUCAGCAUUUGGAUGUUUUUCUAGAUAAACAACAUCUCAAACUGUUGAUUUUAAUGAGGAAACCAGAUUUCUUUCUUUUUUUUUAAAGUGUUGUCCACCCAUUAAUUUUAGUGUUUAUGUAUAAAUACUGAUCUUGUCCCACUGCUUCCAUCAUGUCACCAUUUCUCCAAACUAAAACACACCUAAAGGACUAAAAUUGUCCUAAAAUGUGCAGUUACUUAUUGUACAAAUCAACAAGACAAGUGAGGGACAUGGAUGAGAGAGACCUUUAAAUAUGAAGUAACAAGUUGGGUAAUUAUGGGAGGCAAGCUGCUUUUAGUAAGAUAGCACAUUCUGUUCAGGUAGGAAAGUCAUGUGAGGUUGAACCUAACCUCAAAAAAUAGGAGCAUAUGCUGUCAUUUAUUUGUGUCAUAGAUGGACCUCAAAGACUUAAUAUCCACUCACAAUUAGGCUAAGCUUAGAAGAUAGGAGGGUGACCCAACUCCAAAUAUGUUUGAGGUAGCACAUUAAACCAUCUAAUAUUUGACUUUUACCAUUUUGAAUGUAGGUAGUUUAUUCUGCUCUGUGGGAAAUGUUUCCGAAGUUGGACCUGUACCUCUAAAAAUCCACUUAUUAUUGGGGAAGAAAGCACACGUAGUAUGAGGUCAGACCUCCCCCCUUUAAAAUGUGGUUACAAACCAGGGUGCACUUUCUCAUAGGCAGGAAAUAUGAGUCAAAAUACACCAGCCAAUGUGGUUACAAAUGGGUCAUACAUUUGGAUGGGUAGUAUACGUGCACCAAAAUGGGUCUUCUAAAUGAAAGCUACCUCAGCUGUAACAAGUAGGUUCCAGCAGGUAUUGAAAUGGAUCUCCUUCACAUAAAUGCUAACUCUGUGGUUAAAAACUGGGUGUCACACUCUAAGAGGUCGGAUAAAUUGACUUCAUAUAUGAUUCAUGUAUAUGUGUGUGUGUGUGUGAAAUGCUGCCAUGUUUAAAGAAAGGAGCUGUAAGAAAGACAAAACCAGUUCAACCUGGUUGAAACUGCAAACACUGCCUCCAUGGUCUCGAUGUCGCAAGUGUAAUAACAAUGCCAGUGUUGCCCAGACGGGCUGAGAACAGACGCUGUGAUAUCUCUGUUUUUCCUCCAAGAACUUUCUUGUUUCUGAGGAACAGGAUCCAUGUUGUGAUAUGUGAGUGUGAGGGGGUUUAUGUAAUCCCAAAUGCUGGAGUCUUCUACCUUCAGAGAGCUUUGAACUGAACAUCUCCAAAAAGACAAACACCUGAAGAAUGGGCUUUGGCUAAACCAAACAACAGGCUCAUGAACAGUGGUGGAAAUAUACAUGUUUACUUGAAGGGGCAAAUAAAUCAUUAAUUAUGGAUUAAUUGGUUAGUGAUUUAAACUGGUUUUGGAAUAUCAAUAUCAGAUGUUUUUCCUGCAAAUACUGACACUUUCAAACCCAUCAUUAACCUGUUGAGGUCUCCAUCCUCCACUGUCCUGAAAGGCUGGUUGUAUUUCUUCACUUUGCUGAAUGACUGUAGCCGAGGGUGCUGACAGGUUUUCACUGGUGCAUUUUUUGCUCUUGCACUUCAAAAUUCCUCCAUGCAGCCGCCACGCUGAAACUCAUUGUGCACAAAAACCUUUAUGGUGUGCACAUUCGUCAUGUUGGCUAGAAUGUUAGAAAUUUUCACAUCUGCCGACAUGAAAGUUACACUUUUUGGUUUUAUCCGCCAACACCGAUAUUGCACCAACAAUAUUGGCUUCCCUGCUCAUGAACACUUGAAACAAGCUGUUAUCUAUAUUUUGUUUUUUAAAACUUCAGUAUUUGUUGAUGGUUGUCAUAUUUGCGUCAGUUAUGUUUCUCCAAAAAAGAAGGUUUUGUUUGGUGAUGAUGCUACUAAAUACUCUUUCUUUCUGAGGUUGUGAUUGUAAUGUAGUCAAUGAGGCGUUUGAAGCAAUUUUUAAGACAAUUCUUUUUCUUUUUUCAUAUUCUUAUAAUUGGAUUUUUGCUUGCCUGAAUGCUAGAAUUACCCUUUUUUUAUGACGCAACAAAAAUCAAAUUUCCAACAUGAGAGUCAAUAUCAUGUUGGUGAUUACAGAGCUGAUGGCCGAUACAACCUCAAUUUAAUAAUCAUAAUAAACAUAAUUAUGAUCUGCUUAUUUUAGCCAGCAACUUUUCAGAUGGAUUUUGAAAUAAUGAAAGAAAUGUUUUGUUGUUAGCGGUCUCAUGAGUGCAGGUGUUGCCUGAUGCCCAUUAUAGAAAAAUGCCUUUAAUUGGCCUGAUUUAUUGUUGAUUUGUUUCUAUUUAUUGUUUGUCUUUUACUAUGGACUAUGUUUCAGUUUGACAUGCACGAUACAUGUGUUUUUGAUUAUCUUUAUGCAGGUCAAAAUAAUCUUAGAUACCCAAUCUCGGUUUAAUAAUGUCUUAAAAAUGUACUUGUUUUUUUCCAUUUUCCUAUUGGGCAAAGUAAAGUACUCUGACCUUACAGUGGCUGAAACUCCCCUUUUUCUGUUUAAUUACGACUUAGAUGAAGAUAAACUCAUGUCCUUGAGGGAAAUCAUAUCUGGCUCUAAAAUAAUUUGGCACUAACCUCAGUUUACCUGGCCAGGUUCAUCUACAGCUCUUUCAGCUCAUGAGUCAGAGCCUCAAAGACAAAGACCAGCCACACAAAAGCAGCUCUGUUCAGGGAACAAAUUCAGGAGAAAUGUACCUGAGGUAACUUUACAUACAGGGCGUUGGGAGCAGAGUCAGCAGCUGCAGUUUUGACCUUUUGGUUUUAUAAUCCAGCUUCAUAUUCCUUUGCUGCUGUUUAUUAUGGUGGGAGUGAUCAGAUAGCUGUUGUGCCUUAAAGGGGAAGUCUGUGUUGGAGAUUUCAGGGAGUGAGAUAUGAAUUUGAGAUAAGCUUCCUGCAGACAGAGACUGAUAAAGGGAGACAGAUCUUGAGUGUUUUCGCCACUGAAGAUAUCUGUAACUGUGGUUUUGUGAAAGUGGGAGUUUACUGGAACUGUCUGCUGGAUCGAAGGUCCUCAGAAGCCUCAAACUUUUACUUUCAGACAUGCUGUAUUAAUCUUUGUUAUCACAGUUUACAUGACCUUAUCUGCACGGUUAUGUGACAGGCUCUUAUCCACAGUUCAAAUGAGGGGGCAUGCCGACUAGUUCGAGUUAGUCUAGCAUAUGUGUUUGAGAAGGAAACAGUGAAAGUCAGCAGAUUUGGCCUUUUUCCAUAUGCCACACUUUCAGCCUAAGCAUAUUUUAUGUUUGCAUCUGGCCCUGGAUGUGUAAUUAAUCUAAAAUAAAAGGUUUCCUGUAGUUUUUAAUACCAUGGGUACUGUAACAUUUAGAUGUGUUUUGGCAGCUGUUGUGUGUGCUGUAGUUUUUCAGUUUCAGCAAAGCAGUGACCUGACAGAGGAGGCCCACAGUGACUGUACUGCUGUUCUGGUUUAAACUGGAUGAAACAAGGCGUUUUUGUGACCACUUGACCAAGUAUCCUCUUUCAUCUUUUUUCCUGUAAAUAAGUGGUGAGUCGAGCAGACAGGGGGAGAUACGAUUUAGUUUUGAAAGAGGAAGCAGAAGUGAAAGUUCAUGAUGUUCUCUAAGUUAUAAAAACGUGAAGGUUGGUCCACCUCAGACUGCUUAGUCUAGGGAUGAUACUAGGUUUGGAAACAACUUGAUCAAGAGAAAAAAAGUGCUUAUUUUGCAGUACUUGUAACUUUGAUCACACAUUAACUGUAUUAGGAAAUAGCUCAGCUGUGGCUAGAUGGACACACUAGGAGAUAGACUUUAAUUGUGGCGAGACUAGAGUUGUCUCUGUGAUUGUCUGAUCGCACAUACAGUACCUGGAAAAUUAAGUAAUAAUUUAAUAAAGUUACAUUCCUCUUUCUGAGAUCUCUGCAUGUGGUUUGAGAGCCAGCAUCUCAUGAUUAAACUCGAGGAACCAUGUCCUGUCUGAACAUGUGUGCUGUGUCAGACUCUGUGGUCCUUCAGCUUCUUGCUUACUCUGCAGUCACUGACCUGCAGUGAGCCACGGACACAUGCAGGACACCCAGGAUAUCCUGAAUGUAUCUUCACUCAUACUGCACCAAAUUUCAGUUGUGUAUUGAAGAUCCACUAGGAUAUGUUGCCCUGCUUUGCCACUCUAAAAAAAAGUGUUUGAUGAAAAAGAGUUUUUUUGGUGCCAAUAGGUUUGUCAUUGAAUUAGCCAACCUGACAGUGGACUAAAGGCCUGUGUCCACCACAAGCAAUUUCCAAACUCUGCUCACCUGUGUGCACUGGUACCAGGCUACAAAUGUUGUCUUGCAGCACUUAAUUCUACUCUAAUAAUAAUAAUAAUAACUUUACUUAUAUAGCACUUUAAAAACAAGAGUUUACAAAGUGCUUUUACAUGCAGGAAAACAAAGAAGAUUAAAACAACAGAACAACGACAAGAGAGCACUUGGGGGGGGAAAGAGUCUUGACAAGACUAAUACUCAGACUACAUGUCCUAAUGUGACAUUAUUGGGCAUAAAGAAAUAAAAUAAAAUAAAAUAAACAUUUGUAGAAGACAUAAACAUAAACUUAAAUAUUCUGUAUGCUUCAUUUAAUGGAAAUUUACAAAGAAAAUGCUAAAUAAAUAGUAGAAAUCGUGACUUAUUAUUGGCAACAAAAAGACUUUGAAAUUGUUACCUUGAAAAAUGAGUUAAGUUGGUUUCCUUUUAGCAUAAACCUCUGCCAUUAUCAUUGAAAAAGUUGAUAUUAGAGGUCACACCCUUCUCGAUUUUGAUUGGUCAGUAACGGAACCAUGACAUCUUUAAGGGAGGCUUUUAAAAGUUGGACCAGUUUUGACUGACAGCACUUCAGCACAUUGACAUACAACAGAUGACAUUAGCGCUCAGGACACUAGAUACUUGGGCUUGUGGAUAUUUUGGUUCGGUAGUCCUUGAUUAAUUUGGGAAAUAACUAGAUGAUAGAUAAUGAAAAAUAACACUGCAGUCCAAGUAAUGCAGUGAUCUAACUUUUCCUAAAUCAAACUACCAAACUCAAAGAUUGUCCAUUUCUUUUCAAGAAGAGCAAAAGUAAAUGUCUAGAUCAUAGAUAUUUAUCCCUGUGUUGGCUGGAAGAUUGAUCACUGAUUCCCUUUUUUUGUGUCUCUUUCAGAUAAACCAUCAUGAUUCCCAUCACAGAGCUCCGGUACUUUGCUGACACCCAGCCUGCGUACCGUAUCCUGAAGCCAUGGUGGGACGUUUUCACCGACUACAUCUCCAUCGUCAUGCUGAUGAUCGCGGUGUUCGGUGGUACGCUGCAGGUCACGCAGGACAAGAUGAUCUGCCUGCCUUGCAAGUGGGUGGUCAACAAGUCCUGCGAGACAAUGCCCAUCCCGAACGUCAGCAUGGCCUAUGCACCAGAGCCCAAAGGCAUCCAAUACGACCUCGACCGCCACCAGUAUAACUACGUCGAUGCUGUCUGCUAUGAAAACAAACUCCACUGGUUUGCCAAAUACUUCCCCUAUCUGGUGCUGCUUCACACUCUUAUCUUCCUGGCCUGCAGCAACUUCUGGUUCAAGUUCCCCCGCACAAGCUCCAAACUGGAACACUUUGUCUCCAUCCUCCUCAAGUGUUUCGACUCACCGUGGACAACAAGGGCUUUGUCUGAGACCGUGGUGGAGGAGAGCGACCCCAAGCCCGUGGGAAAAAUGAACGGUUCUCUGGACAAGAAGACCUCGUGCGUGAGUGAGGAUGUGGAGGCCAGUGUGCCGAUGCUCCAACGUACAAAGUCCAGACUUGAACAGGGAAUAGUGGAUCGCUCUGAAACUGGGGUUCUUGAUAAAAAGGAAGGGGAGCAGGCCAAGGCUCUUUUUGAGAAGGUGAAGAAGUUCAGGAUCCAUGUGGAGGAGGGUGACAUCGUGUACCGUCUCUAUAUCCGUCAGACCAUCAUCAAAGUAAUCAAGUUUAUAUUGAUAAUCAGCUACACAGCCUACUACGUACGCUACAUCAGGUUCAGUGUAGUCUGCACAGUGAACAUUGAGAAACUAACAGGAUACAGCAUGUUUUAUUGCGCUCACCCUUUGGCGACUCUUUUCAAGAUAUUAGCCUGUUUCUACAUCAGCUUGGUGGUGGUUUACGGUCUCAUCUGCAUGUACACUCUGUGCUGGAUGCUCAGCCGCUCUCUGAAACGAUACUCCUUCGAAUCGAUCCGCGAGGAAAGCAGUUACAGCGACAUCCCCGACUUGAAGAACGACUUUGCCUUCAUGCUGCACAUGAUCGAUCAGUAUGACCCUCUGUACUCCAAGCGCUUCGCCGUGUUCCUGUCAGAAGUGAGCGAGAACAAACUGAGGCAGCUGAACCUGAACAACGAGUGGACGCUGGAGAAGCUGAGGCAACGAAUCACCAAGAACUCCCAGGAGAAGUUGGAGUUACAUCUCUUCAUGCUCAGUGGGAUCCCAGACACAGUUUUCGAUCUGGUCGAGCUGGAAGUUCUCAAGCUGGAACUCAUUCCCGAUGUAACCAUCCCACCAAUCAUCGCCCAGCUCUUAAACCUGAGGGAAAUGUGGCUCUAUCACACGCCGGCUAAAAUCGAGGCCCCAGCUUUGGCUUUCCUGAGAGAGAACCUGAAGUCUUUGCACAUCAAGUUCACAGACAUCAAGGAGAUCCCGCUGUGGAUCUACAGCUUGAAGAACCUCUGUGAGCUGCACCUGACCGGCAACCUGAGUGCUGAGAACAAUCGGUUCAUCGUCAUCGAUGGACUACGGGAGCUGAAAAGGCUCAAAGUGCUACGUCUGAAAAGCAAUUUGACUAAGCUGCCACAGGUGGUCACAGAUGUGGGCGUCCACCUCCAGAAACUCUCCAUCAAUAAUGAGGGCACCAAGCUGAUGGUGCUCAACAGCCUGAAGAAAAUGGUAAACCUGACAGAGCUCGAGCUUGUUCGUUGUGAUCUCGAACGCAUCCCUCACUCCAUCUUCAGUUUGCACAACCUGCAGGAGAUCGACUUAAAGGACAACAACCUGAAGACGAUCGAAGAGAUCAUCAGCUUCCAGCACCUGCACCGGCUUGUGUGCCUGAAACUGUGGUACAACCAGAUCGCCUACAUUCCCAUUCAGAUUGGAACACUGACCAACAUGGAGAGGCUGUAUCUGAACAGGAACAAGAUCGAGAAAAUCCCCAGCCAGCUUUUCUUCUGCCGCAAACUGCGCUUCUUAGACCUGAGCCACAACAAUCUCACCAGCAUCCAUGCUGAUGUGGGCUUCCUCCAGAACCUUCAGUACUUGGCUGUCACCGCAAACAGGGUAAGAGACAAAAACAUUUGUACAUUUGCAGUCAUGCUUUUGAUAGAGCCGGUUUCAUUCAGAGAAACGUGAUCAGUUUCCACUCCUUUAUCUCUCUGUAAUGUGUGAUUACCUCAAGGUAAAGUGCUUACAAAGGUCGGUUCUUAAAAAUGCUGAGAUGGUCAGAGAUGGGUUGGGGAUUAUUGCUUUGAAGAUAAACAAUUGUAGUUGGUCGGAUUGCCAGUUGACUAAUAGACAGUUGAGGAGGAUAUGUAAGUCCUAAAUCAGGCAAUGAGGGAACCCAAGAAACUGAGGUGGGAACAGUGCCUGCGGUGGAGUUGCAGUUGUAGAUUUACAUGUAUCAAAGCAUUGUUCUAUUUGUGGAUGAUGGGACUGUUCGAUUGAGGUUUUUGACUGGGUGCAAACUCCAACUCAUAGACCUCCAGGUGUUGAGGGGGGGUUUUGUUUUUGGGAGAGUGAGGACGUACAGAUUAGGGCCCGACUGAUAUGGAUUUUUUGGGGCCGAUUCCGAUACUGAUUAUUAGGGGGGAAAAAUCUGAUUACCGAUUAAUCGGCUGAUUUUUGAAAUUUUUUAUUAAGUUAUAGAAAAUAUAUCUACAGUAUACUAUAUACUGUAGAUAUACUGUCGGCUACUGCUCUUCACGCCGACAGAAAGACCGACUCAUCAAACUCAGACCAGAAAAGCGUUUUCAACUACAAGUUACACAUUUCUGGUUUGCUCUCAUUUGGAGACAUGCAGCUGCCUCAGUAAGAGAAGUAGCUCGAUCAUGUAAUGUGUACUGUUGUUUAUUCUACUGUUACUGGCACGGCUAACAGUGUAGCAAGGCUAAUAGCAGGUGGCUAACUCUAACUUUAGCUUGCAUGUUACGUGGUGCUUCACCGUUAACUCGGCGUGACCGAGACCAGCACAGCGGGGAACAUUGUGAAGUGGAUUGAACUGAAACUUGUUGACUUAUUGUGUAUUUCACAAACUGGUUUAUUUACUGUUGAGGUGGACCACUCUCCUCCGUGCGUCCCUGCGCUGCCUGCUUUAGAUUCGUCACUCUGCUGUGCUGUGAGGUAGUUAGUGUAUAAAGAUUGUCAUGAGGUCGCUGCGCCAUCUACAGGAUAAGUUAAGGAACUUUUCAAAUGGCGGAACAUUUUCGAAGUGAAACUGAAAAUUUGGCCAAGUUUUGGCCAAUUACCGAUGAGUCUCAAAUGGGCUAAAAUUGGCUGAUUUAAUCGGCUCGCCAAUAAAUCGUCCAGGCCCUAGUACAGAUGGUAAAGAAUCUCCUGUAUCAUCUGGUUCCAUAUUGCGGAUGGGUUUACUCAUCUGGCUCAAAGGACCCUGAAGGGAAGUCUGGACAUCUUCAUGAGGUUCUUUUGAGUAGGUGACGAUACAGACAUACCAGCAUCUUAGCAAAGAAAUAUACAACAUGACACCAUUGAACAAACAGUUAAUGUUCGGAUGGAUUUACCAUCUCUGGUUUUGAACAAAAACAGAAUCUAGUCUGUUUCAUUACUAACUUUUAUCACACACCUUACCAAUGAAAAGAAAGAAAGCAGAUGACAGGCUUCUGUUACUGCUUAUGUUCACGGAGUAUUAGUGUCGUCAUGGCUACUCUGUUUAUGUCAUCCACUUGAAGAAGCUACAGCAAGACAGGAGUGACACAAAGCUGUCACCGUCUGGCUUUUUCUCACACUGAGGCAGUUGUUAAGUUACUUUUUCGACCUUGCUCUUGAUUUGAUUUAGAAAAUAGGAGUUUUUAGAUUUGAUUGGAGAAUUUUCACAAAGAUUGGUCUGUUCAUACGCUGCCUUUUGACAGAAAUAUAAGACGCCAUCGUCCUCUGACACAUUGUACGCGCCUUAAACACUGCAGUCACCCCAUGAUAGCUGCUAUCACUGAAGUUAGAUUCAAGUCUUCUUGUUUCAGUGAGGCAUGUUUAACUGUCAUAUCCAUUUCUACUUAGUAUGAAACUGGGACAAAUCCAGAGGUCAAGUCACAAUAAUAUUAUGACUAUGUUUAUUUUCCACAUUAAAAUUCUUUGAGCAUGAUGUACUCCUUAUCGUUUCCAAGUUUUAAUCUCCCUAUAAGAAGAAAAAGCAGCUGAUGAAACUGUUCCAAGACUUCCCAAGAAGUAAACAAUUACUUCUCCUUAAACACUAACAAAUGGGCUUCACUGAGGAUGUUUGUAUCACCUGCCAAGAUUACCUCAAGUACUUUGAAGGUCAUGCCAAAUCCCACCUCUACGUUUACGGUUUAGUUGGCACAUUUGGCACUGGGAGAAGUAGUAGAUUAUUUUGUUCCUUACAAAAUGUUGUUUAUUUUAUUUUCACUGAGAAAUUGUUGUGGAAAACAGCAUCCAAUUGAAGACGCUGUUUCUUAUUUAAUAGCACACACACUCGCGUGUUUUCACUUAACGACACUAUUACCGCUGUUUUACUGUGUAAUGUGGGGUUGUACACUUAAAAAGGUUGCUGCAGGUUUUUUUGCGGCCAAAAAUAGAUGCAUUAAAUAAGACCCUCCGGAGUGUUUGCUUUAAUCCCCUUUACACUGUCAGCUUAUUAUAUAGCUUCUUAUCAGCUUAUAUACUGUCAGAUAUUUUGUGCAAUAAAUGUUUUUUAAAUGUGUCUCUAUAAUUGGAGAUUGAGCUCUUGAAGAACUACAAAUAGGGCAAAGUAUCAUGGGACAUAACUAUGAAAACCACAAGUUUUUGUUAGUUUUGUUUAACUCUAACUCUUAAAAGUUGAGUAAAGUUUCAAAUGCUAUAUUUGACCGGACAUAGUGUACAGCAUACAGACUAUUGAAACUGACAAAUUUGACAGUUUUAUGCUGAUUUGAAAUCACUGGGAGCAACAUGUUUUUGAAAAGUUAAGACAGGGUCCAGAAAACAUUGAAAAAGUUGUAAAAUGCUACAAAAACUCUUGAAAGAACAUCUCUUAACUUAUUAGGCUAAUUUGGGACAGAUAAGCAACAAGACAGGGUAUAAAAAGGCUCUGCAGAGAGGCUGAGACUCUCCCAGUUGUAGCUUUGUAGGUAUCACAGCUCUGUGAGAGUCUGCAGUUUAACAAUUUCAAGAUAAUAAUCAUCAACAGGAAAUUGUUAAGAAUUUGGAGAUCUCAUCAUUUACAGGGACAGGGUUUUAAACCAAUGCUGGAUAGCUUUGAUCUUUGGGUCCCAAAGAGCAUCAAGGGAACUAAACAAAAACAGGAUCCAGAAACAGUGACAUCUUUAAGUCUGAGAAAAGUGGAAAACUUGCAGGCUGAUGAAUCAAACUUUGGCUUUCUUUUUGGGAAAUCAUGGAUAGCAGGUCCUCCACUAUUAACAUUUGUUGUCUUAACACUAUUUUGGGGUUUUAAAAAAUAGGGUUAAAAUGAUUCAGAUUGUCUUCUUUUAGUUUUUUUAGUAUUAUUUGCUAACCCUUAUUUUUUUCCUCCUCCAGUAUCCCGACAUACCGUUGACACUAAAACCUUAAACUUUGAGUACACUUUGAGUAUCUUUUAAGCUGAUUUGGUUUGUGUCCUGGGCUUAAGUCUGAGUUAUGUUAUGGUUUUUAAUUAGAUAACAUCUAAAUUGAACUGAUCCGUUUUCCAGUCACGUCACGUCACACUUUUCAUUUUCCUAAUACCUUUUGUUAACAUCUUAGAUCUCUGACUCAUCUCACUAAAGCACAUGGAUUAAAAAUUGAACAACACUGCCUUUGUAGUCACUGUUAACACUCAGCACUUUUAUUCUCCCUCUUAUCCUUUCCUCUUCAGAUCGAGACUUUGCCCCCAGAGCUGUUCAAGUGCAAGAAGCUGCGGACUCUGAAUCUGGGAAACAACUGCUUGCAGACUCUGCCCUCCCGCUUCGGGGAGCUCACCGGGUUGACGCAGCUGGAGCUGAGAGGAAACCGCCUGGAGUGUCUCCCGGUGGAGCUCGGCGAGUGCCGUCUGCUGAAGAGGAGCGGGCUGGUGGUGGAAGAGGACCUGUUCAACACGCUGCCGUCAGAAGUGAAAGAGCAGCUGUGGAGGGCUGAUAAAGAGCAAGCUUAAGCCAAACCCUACUUGGAGCGAAAGUAAAAAGAAAUUUGUUUUGAGGAGUACAGGAACGGUUAUUUUCUUUAUUAGAAAGGCAAAUCUUCAGAGAUUUGAAGCUCAGAGGCUCAGAGAAGUCAUCAGUUGAUGGUGCUGCCCUUACAGUAGCUAUAAAUGCAUGGAUGCCAACUUUUGAGCUUAUCAACAACAUGGCUAUCCUGUAAAGUCAUCCCAAAUUUAACACUGCAAGGGUGUGAGCAGCUGAUGUCAAAAGUGCAUGUUACUGUGGGACCCUACUCAAGUAAACGUGUUAAUAAGAGAGGUCCAAAUUUUGCACGAUUUCACCCUGCAACAGUGAGCCAAAUGUACUCGCUGUUUCUUUUUUGCUGAUCAUGCACAAGCAUCGUCACGCUCAAAGCAGUAUUUGCCUGACCUUUCUCUAGCCUACAGACUCCGAUUACAACUCCUAAAGUUUUUACUUUUGCAAGGACACUGGCUACAGGCGAUGCAAAUAACUUAACGAGAGUGCAACCGGCAGCCGAUUUGUUGAGGCACGAAAGUUUCUUUAGGUCCGAUGGUUGCUCCACAUGCUCGGAGGCUUCUUUUUGACUCAGUGACAGAGAUGAACAGAUCACCACGAGGAUGAUCUCACAGCUUAGGCCUUAACUUGAAAGACUGACGUAGUGAAGUGAAAGUAUAGCCGUCAAAUACUCCGUGGAAAACAAAUGAGAACAAACUCUAACGUCUGAAUAACCCGGGGAUGUUAAUUUAUAACAUCCUGUGUGAUAGGAGAUUUUUCUGAGUGGCGGUGGAGAAACACUCUUUAUUUUAGUGUCUUAUUUUAGCAUGUGAAUCAAGCUUUAUCUUAUUUUGCAUGACUAAACAUCACACAUAACUUGCGUGUCUUAACAAAGUAUGUGGGAUUAACUGAGGUUGGGCCUUUUUGAAACAAGGCCAAUAAUUUAUUUUGAUGCCAAGAAACAUACUUUUGUACUUUUGAAUGCUACCACAAAUGGGUAUCAUUUUAGGCCUGUUUUUGGCCAUUUUUGCCUUUUAUUUGUAUGGAAAUUGGAGAUUAAUAUACAUAGAAUAGAGAAAGAGGCACAUUUAUCGAAUGUGAGAUCAAGUAACAGAGGAUGACUGAAGGCUACUCACUCUUUCUAUCUUUUUUUGUCUUACACUUGUUAGUUUAAGUGUCAUAUAGAUCAUAGAAACAAGGCCUCACCAUCCAGAUUAUAACAACAGGUGUCCCUUUGCUGACAUGAGGAGUUUAUCCUUGUCUCUAAGCCAUAGGCUCACAAACAUUCAGAAAACUCCCUUUUUAUGGUUCAUUUCUUUGUUUCUAUCUAAUCAAAACACAUGCGAGCUUGCACAACUCUUAUCAAAGAAGUUUAGUAGAUGCAGGCCAAUAAACACGGUUGAAUCACGGUACUUUUUUAUGCUCUGUGUGAUUUAGAAUUAUGAGACCUUAGAUAAUGAUUACCUCUGUGGGUGAACUCCUGCAGACGUUAGACAGCAGAGUCACGACUAGCUGCCAGGCACUGCCAGUCUGAGACAAGAAAGUUUGGAUGAUUUUGACCCAAAGUGCCCAGCUGUUUGCAUCCUGGCCCUUCAAUCUAUUAUGCUCUGUUUACCCUCAGGGUAAACCGGACAUUUGUUCAUGCUUCUGUUUGUCUGAAGUGAACACAAACAGGAAAUUAGAGAGUGUAGGAAACUGUUUUUGACUGACCUGCACAAGGGAAACAUUUACUCUGCAAAGAGGAGUACACUGAAUCUGUGAUUUCCAAAUUAGAGCAACACGCUUUGUGUGCUUGAAACACUUUCCUUGUUAAGGCCUUGGAUUUAUUAGCAUAAUUUGGAGUAACCCUGCCAUGUUUCCUCCAAACCAGCAUCUCAUUGCUAAUAUGGCCUUAAUCUUUUACUAGCUGCACGCCCUGUUAAUGAUCACAAACCUCAAGUUCAUGCCGUGUUUUUUUAUGUGUUGUUGUUAAAUGUAUAGCUUGUUUUGUACAUUUCAGUAGUAUGGUAUGUGCUCUUAUUGUUACCAGCUGUUUCUUCUUUGAUUUGAGCUUUUUUAAGAGAUGAAGGGAACAUUUUAUUGUGAUGAUACAACUGCACCUUUGUUCACAGUGAAGUUUUGUUUUCCUGAGGCCUUGGCUGUAUCCAAAUGCCCUUCGAGAGGUCAUGAGCAAACUGUUCCCUGUGCAGUCCUGCUCUGAAAGAAGAGCCUCAGUCUUGAAUGUGUCGACUACCAAACCAUUUUAAAGUUGGAGGUAAAAAUAUCCGGGCAGGGAAAAUCAGAGAAGACACUAAAGGCAUACUUUGUUGCAUAGUUAUUUUUAUGUGUGCUUCAUCUUACUUUUAUGUUGCAAAAUUGGGGACAUAACAUGUUUUUGUUUGUCUCUAAAUUUUGGAAGAUGAUGAAGAGCCCUUAAAAUUCAGGUGACAUUAUGCACACAAGAUGAUCAUCUUCAGUGCACGAGAUAAUUUUCUUGUUACAACUCAUUGUCUUGUGCACACAGGACUAUUUCUUUGAAUACACAAGUUAAUUUAUUCUUCUUAUUCUCCUGUUUUCAUAUCUAUGGCUCUUUAAUUUUACCUGCAAACAGCCGUAAAUUUUCCGUUAACGUAUAUUUGGUUUCUCAUUUUAAAACCGCAUAGAUUAACAAAAGCCAUGUACUUGAGCACUUCAUGUAGAAGGAAGCAGGUGUUUCGGUUAAAAGAGUUAAAAGAGUUACCCUGUAACCUGGUGAUCUUCAGCUAGCAUGUGGAUGGUUGUCGUGGCAACAACAAUUUACACUUGCCACCAUUUACACCAGAACACUGGCUCCGAGACAUUCUGUUGCUAACGUUAGUCAGUUGACCGACUACAAAAUAACCAGGGGUCAACUCUUAGCUACAAGAAAGUCAAAUGUCUCACCAAACAGGCAUAUUUGGUGAAAAAUUGGAGUUAGUGACGUAUCAAUGAGGGGUUUUAACCGCUCGUGUAAUGCAAGUUAUGGCCAUCUUCAGUAGAGAGCUAGCUCAACUAAAUUUCAAAGUCCAGUGAUAUGGUGGACAAACUCCCCUGAUUUUAUGAGCUGGACACAAUUCUUGUAAAUAAACUAGCUGUUGAACUUCUUAAUGUGUGAAAACUCUCUUAGAAACACACCACUGUCAUAGCUUGACGCUCUAGGUAACUUAAAUUUGGAACAAAGUGUAUCUUGCUAAAUCAUCUUGUGUGUUAAAGGUCAUCUCAAGGGAACAAGUUAUCACCAUGUGCACACAGGAAAAUCACAUAAUUUGUCUUGGUGAUGAUGUAAAUUACUUGCUUAUACAAGAUAAUCAUGUUCUUAAGGUAAUAUUGUUUGCACAAGAAAAAAAAAAACUAGCACCUUAUAGGGCAUAAGGGACUUUGCAAAAUGACUUUUUGGAUGCCAAACUCUUAAUGUAAGAGAGGCAAAUAUCUGAAAUACUAGCACAUUGAACUGCAAAAAUGAUAGGCUAUAACUCCUAUUAAAAAGUGUAUUUAGAUCACUUUUUUGUCACCCUAUAGUAAAUAUGAAAAUCAACAUGGCUCACUGUCCUCCUACAAUGCAGUCGACACUUGAUAUCUCUCCCCUGCAGCGCAGCCCCACAGACCGUCAAAUUAAGAUGUCUUAAAAAUGCCUGCCAGUUGCUAUGUGAAGUUUGUUUUGGCCUUCGCUUCGUGUGAGAACAACUGUUAGGUAACAGUGUCUGCCAGCAUCCUGACACACGUGUCUCAUCAGUUAAUUUCCACAAAUAAUUUGCCAAAUAAUCCCCUUAGUCAUUUAUUUUUCUGACCUCAAGGCCUGUGACUAUGGCCACACAGUCCUCCACAGUCACUUCCCUGUGAGUCACAAGAUGAGCACUCUCAAACCUGCGGCCCCCCUCCCUUUCCUGUAUGUCAGUGCUGGUGACUCACUGGGGUGAAGGUCUGGGAUGAGGUCAGUGGAGCACAAAGGGAAAAGGGAGGUUUUGUGGGUAAUUAAAUCCCCCUCGCUUACGUGAAGAGUAUCAUGUUGGUACUUUAUCUUGUGUUUCAUUUAACGUAUACAGCUUUUUUUGUUUUGUUUUUUUUAAUGAACCAAGUCCCUUUUUUAUGUUUUUGUUUUCUUUUACAAAAGGUACAAAUGUAAAAGACAUGUUUUUAUGUUAUUUAUGCCUUAUGUAGUGUAGUUUUUGUGAGACAAAAUGAUGUAUUUGGUUCCUCAGAGGACAAUUUACAUCAGGUAGUGAGACAUCCUUGAACACAGCGAUUGUCCCUCCAAAACUUAAUAGGAUUUUAUAUCUGCACAGGAAAGACUCAAGACAAUCUGACACACUGUAAAUGGAGGUGAGCUCAUCCUCCUGUUUGGGCAUUAUGUUUAACAGUUACCCUUUAUAUAUAUAUUUAUUUUACUUUUGAUUUUGAAUGGGCCAUAAAGCAUUUCACUAAAAAUCUAAAACUGCAAUGUUUGCAAAUGGCAUCUUAUCUUUACUAAUAUGUGAACAUUUCUCUUUUCAAAACAUGAUUGUAUUUAUUAUGUAAGAUUGUGUCAUUUCUGUGUUAAAAGGUCUGUAGAUCAGGGUUGUAUGUAAACGGUUUCACCUCCAUUUCAUCUCUGAGCAUAAGGAUUUAAAGAUGAACUUGUGUGCAUGAUAGCCAUACUGUAAACCACCAACUUAACCCCCCCAACAGCAAUCACUGUUAACUUCAAACUGUAAGCUGGAUGGACAGACUUGUUGGAGUCAACUCCGUCUGUAUCACACAAUCCUGACAAGGCCUUUAUUAAUGAAUCGUUGCCAAGUGGACAGACCACUGGCUUUUUAAAGCAGGACGUCUGUAACAAUGGACAACUGAACUUUGAUUUCUUAAUGUUCAGACGCUACUUUUGUACCAUUCUGACACCUGAUAAUAAACACUUAACACUCACCCUGUAGCAAAUAA